AUUAACAACGGUUUAUUUUUAGUUUGUUCGAAGUAUUUGUUAUUAUCUUUUAUCAAACAUUAUUUAAUAGCAUAAGACACAUAGAUAAAACAGAAGGAUGCCAAAUGAAAUGAGCGUUAUCACAGAAAAAAGCAGCGAAGAAGUCGACGAUGGUUCCCUACGCUCAAUAGAAGCAGAGAAUGAGACAUCUAGACUCAGUGAAAGCGAAUUAACGUCGGAGACGACCUCAUCAGACACAAACAAAGAAUCAACAUUAUUUGAUCCGAUACCAGAAGAGGUGAAGGCAGUACCACCAAUAGCUACGUGCAUGAGCCCACCCCCACCUCCACCGCCUCCACCACCGCCGAAUUUUAAUGUAUCCUUACCAUCGUUACCUAUAAAUGUACCAGAUCCUAAGCAGAAGAUGAAAACGUUGUCGUGGGCAAGAAUCGCCUCAAUCAAAGAUAAGAGUGUUUGGAACAAGAUAAAGAAAAUGAAAGAUAAAGUACCAGUAAAUUAUCCACAGUUAGAGAAGCUGUUCUCUUGUAAAGAAAAUACAAAUAAAAGAGCGUCAGCAGUUUCAAAGAAUAUAGUUGAUUGCCAAAAAGCAAUGAGGAUCGAUAUCUUCUUGAAUAAAAUUCAUAAGUCCCCAGACGAGUUAAUUGAAAUGAUAAGACAAGGAUCGACUGCUGAACUAGGACUUUCAAGUUAUCGAUCUUUGAAAGAGAAUUUACCAAAUACAGAUGAGGCUGAUUCACUUCGGGAGGUUUUACCACAAGAAUUAAAGAAACUGAGUAAAGCCGACUACUUUAUUUCUCGACUGAUAAGUUUACCACACUAUGAACUUUGGAUCAACACAAUGAUAACAAUAGGAGAAAUUGAGAGUCUCGACUAUAUCCCAAACUAUGUACAGACUAUUUCUACUGCUUGUGAUAUGCUGAUGACCAAUGAAUCCUUUGAAACAUUCCUACGAUAUGUACUUCAUGUAGGACUGUUUAUGAACAAGGGUAAAGUUGCUGGAAAAGCAGUUGGAUUUGAUUUAUGUUCACUGCAGAAAUUAUCAGAAACCAAGUCUACAGAUGAUUCGGUUACCUUGCUUGAGUUUUUGGUUCAUGAAAUACUCAAGUCAGAUUCAACAUGCUUAAACUUUGUCCGUGAUUUUCAUGAUACUCUGUUACACACUCAACGCUGUCCACUUCAUCAAGCUACAGACGAAUUCAUCGCAAUACAAAAGAAAUUUACAGAAUUACAAGAAAAAGUUGAUGCAGAGACAUGUCUGAUAAAAGAUCAGUGUUUUGAGUUCUUUCAGAAUGGGAAGUGUCAAAUCGAAAAUAUAAGUGAAAAGUUGGAAAAUCAACAGAGAAAAUCCCAAGAAGUUGCAGAUCACUUUGCUAUAGAGAAUAUGAAUGUUGAUGAGUUGUUCAAAUGUUGCCGAGAGAUGUGUGAAAAUAUCGACAAAAUUCAGAAAAAAGUGGACGCCGAAAGCAACAAUAAAUUUAAGCGAGGAGGAUUUAGAUCGACUAUGCCAUGUCCAAGAAGACGAUCUACAUCUACGACAUUUGUUCUCACACCAAAAGACAAUAGACUUCAAGAUAUACUCGAGAAACGAAAGAGACGAUCCGAUUCAAUCUCCUGACGUAAACAUUUCAGUUUCCUUAGUUAGUUAUGCUGAAUCUCAACCUUUUUUUCUGAUAUCCCAUCAGUAGCAUAUUCUUGGAUAUGUAUUAUCAUUUGAAACGUGCCUGCUCAUCAUGAUGUUCUUAUGUGACGACUACUCAAGAAAUAUCCCCAGAAGUCCUGUUCUAAAAAUUUUAAGAAAACCGUUCACAAUGAUUCUACGGCAUUAUUUUCGGAUUAUAGAAGAUCUACUCAGAACGCCAAAGACCAACACCGUGUAAAAUUCAUGGUGAAUCCAUAUACAAAUUGCUAAGAGAGCAGAAUGUUACGUUACUACUGUCUGUUUUGGUUAGUGAUAGAAUCAUCGAUAAAGACCACAACGGGCUCAUCUAUUCAACUACAUACUCAGAUACUAUUAUACAUCGACAUUUCAUUUUAUGAGGAUAUUUCAAACAGUAUGAAAGUACUAUCAUAUUUCUAUCUAAUAUAAACGGAAGAUAUAAAAACAAUACUUUUAUACGUUAAACGGUCUGUUUUGGUUAGUGGUAGAACCGUCAAUAAAGUCCACCACGGGCUAAUCUAUUCAAAUAUAUACUCAGAUACUAUUACACAUCGACAUAUCAUUUUGUGAGAGAUGUUUAUCUAAAAUAAACAGAAGAUAUAAAUAAAAUAGUUAUAAAUCAUA